CAUUUUCUAAUAGUUUGGGGUUUGACAAAAGUUGAAUGAAGAAAGAGAGGGAUUUGCUCAAAACCCUCAGCAGAACCUUCUUCACUCUCCACCACCAUAAACCCUCCAUCACCAAGAUGGAUCCAUCGGAAAGAUACUGUUACAAGCCGACAUUGCGUUGGAACUGUGAAGUGGAGGAAUUUUUCGUUAAAGCCUACGGAGCUGACCGUUUCGCUCAAAUUUCCGAGGCCCUAACGCGGCCUUCGUGUUACUCUUGUAUACGGGUUAAUACGCUCAAGACAACAAGUGAUACUGUUAUCAAGAAGCUAUCGGUUUUACUACAGGAGAGCGGGUGGCAAAGUAAUCCUGCUGGUGGAGCCAGUUCUCCUCAAGAAUCGAAUGGCCUUGAGAAAAAUAGUUUUAUUUCAAAGUGUAAGAUACCCAAUUUGGACUAUGUAGUUUUCGUCCAAGGAUCAGGACCACACACAAUUGACUACGGGUACACUGAAGAAAACCCUCCUAAAGAGGUGAUUGUGAGUCGAAAAUGUGCUGAAGCAGUUCUUCGUGGUGCUCGUGUGUAUGUUCCUGGUGUUUUGGCAUGUAGUGCUCAUGUGGAGAAAGGGGAACCGGUUGCAGUUUCAGUUGCUUUGGAGCGACCUGGCACUGAUGGUGGCUAUGGAGUUGGUUUUACACGUGGAACUGUACUACAGGGAUCAGAAACAGAUCCUUAUUAUUUUGAAAGAAACGGCCUCUACAUUGGUCAAGGAACCACUACGAUGUCGAGAGCUGGGAUGUUUCGGGAACCCAAUGGAGUUGCUUUAGAGAUGACCAACAGAGUAUUUAAUUUACCGUCAUUUCGUGAUUUACUCGAGGGGGACAUAUUUCUUCAGAACCUCCCCAGCAUCAUCACUGCACAUGCUCUAGAUCCUCAAGAAGGAGAGAAGAUAUUAGAUAUGUGCGCAGCUCCUGGAGGAAAAACCACUGCAAUUGCGAUCCUCAUGAAGGACAAAGGAGAGGUUAUUGCAGCUGACCGAUCUCACAAUAAGGUGCUUGACAUCCAGAAUUUGGUGGCUGAGAUGGGCUUAAAAUGUAUAACUUGUUACAAACUCGAUGCACUCAAAUCUGUUAGGCAAAUAGAUGAAUCCGAUCGUCAGGAUGCUCGGGAGUGUGUGGAGAGUGAGAGCAUUCAAAGAUUAGAAUCAUCAACACCAGUGGCUACCAGUGAGCAACUAACGAAUGCAAAUGGCACCAGUAUAGCUGAGCUCCGGAAAAACUCUGGUAAAAUGAAAAAUGGAGUAGGACGACAUGAUUCUGUAGGUGGAAGAGUUGAAAGGUCUAAAGGAUUCUUACCUAACAGCUUUGAUCGGGUUCUCCUCGAUGCUCCUUGUUCUGCUCUUGGUCUGAGACCUCGAUUGUUUGCUGGAGAGGACACUAUGAAAUCAUUACGAGCCAACGCCAAAUAUCAAAGGGGGAUGUUUGACCAGGCUGUUCAGCUUGUUCGCCCUGGUGGCGUUUUGGUGUACUCAACAUGUACUAUAAACCCCGGUGAGAAUGAAGCGUUGGUUAGAUACGCAUUAGACACGUACAAGUUUCUCUCCUUGGCAUCACAGCAUCCAAAAGUCGGGGGACCUGGCCUUAUUGGAAGUUGUCAAUUUUCCGAUGGAUACCAGGAGGAAUGGUUAAGACCGGGUGAAGAAGACCUCGUUCAGAGAUUUGAUCCUUCGUCGCAACUUGAUACUAUGGGCUUUUUUAUUGCCAAGUUCAAUGUUGGUCCUAAAGAUGUCUGACUCGCAAAAGUUACAUGCCUCGGGAUUAUAUUCCCAAUCCUAACGAGCUAAGCAUUCUUUUUUCUCUAUUAAAACUAGAAAUAACUCGUACAUUGACCUAUUGUUGCAAUUGUUGUAUUUAUAGUUCAUUAUUGUAUCGAGACUUUUUUGAUGCAGUUGUUGUAUUUAUAGUUCAUUAUUAUAUCGAGAUUUGAAUAAUCGAAGUGUAUCCAAUCGAAGUGGAUCGGUUGAAUGACGACUUUCAUCUAAAAGUUUAAGCUGUUC